UGAUUCUUCUUUGUCCAUUGAAGCUAUGUCUAGCACAGCUGGUCAAGUAAUCAAAUGCAGGGCUGCGGUGGCAUGGGAACCAGGGAAGCCACUGUCAAUAGAAACGAUAGAGGUGGCGCCACCGCAGAAAGGGGAAGUGCGUUUGAAGAUCCUCUUCAACUCCCUUUGCCGUACCGAUGUUUACUGGUGGGAUGCCAAGGGCCAGAAUCCACUGUUUCCUCGCAUAUUAGGCCAUGAAGCUUCAGGGAUUGUGGAGAGCGUAGGCGAGGGUGUGACAACUCUCAAACCAGGUGACCAUGCCCUCCCAAUAUUCACUGGGGAGUGUGGUGAAUGCAAGUAUUGCAAAUCAGAGGAAAGCAAUUUGUGUGAGCUUUUAAGGAUCAACACGGACAGAGGAGUUAUGCUCAGUGAUGGCAAAACAAGGUUUUCCAAAAAUGGACAACCCAUAUACCACUUUGUGGGAACAUCUACAUUCAGUGAAUACACUGUUCUUCAUGCUGGAUGUGUUGCCAAGAUCAACCCUGCUGCCCCACUCGACAAAGUUUGUGUUGUUAGUUGUGGAUUUUGCACAGGUUUUGGUGCUACUGUAAAUGUUGCAAAACCAAAGCCUAAUAAUACUGUUGCUGUCUUUGGAUUGGGAGCUGUUGGUCUUGCUGCCGCGGAAGGUGCACGGGUUUCUGGUGCAUCUAGAAUCAUCGGUGUUGAUUUACUUCCUAACAGAUUUGAACAAGCCAAAAAAUUUGGAGUCACUGAUUUUGUGAACCCGAAAGAUUAUAACAAACCAGUACAAGAGGUCAUUGCUGAAAUGACUGAUGGAGGGGUAGAUCGUGCUAUUGAAUGCACUGGAAGCAUCCAAGCUUCGAUUUCAGCAUUUGAAUGUGUUCAUGAUGGUUGGGGUACUGCUGUACUUGUUAGUGUGCCAAAGAAGGAUGUAGAAUUCAAAACUCAUCCUAUGAAAUUCAUGGAAGGGAGAACUCUAAAGGGUACCUUCUAUGGUCACUUCAAACCCCGCAGUGAUAUUCCUUCUGUUGUGGAGAAGUACCUAAAACAGGAGCUGGAACUGGACAAAUUUAUCACUCACUCGGUUCCAUUCUCAGAGAUCAAUAAAGCAUUUGAUUUAAUGCUGAAAGGGGAAGGAAUAAGGUGCCUCAUCCGCAUGGAAGAGUAAAUGAAAAACAACAAUAAUGUUCUCUGUCGUGAGAACUGAGAAGAGUGUUUGUGUGUAAUGUGAAAUGGGCAAUGAAGAAUAAAAUUGGCAUGUAAUUCGGUUAUUGGAUUCGUGCUUUAUGAGUGUGUAAAGAGGUAAGGGGGUGAUGACUUUCUUGCUCAUUGUUGUGGUUUUGUGACUUCUGAGACAAAUGUUGUCCUGUAA